GCUCAAAAAAAAUAGGUAGCUCAGUGAGCUGCCGUCUGCCGUAAACCCUCGGCUACAAUAACCGUGCGCCGUCCGAGAGGGGGAGGGCAGCUCCUUCGUCUCGUGUACUACUCUUCCCUUAGCACGGCUGACUCGCUCCAUCUCACGCCGGUCCCCGAGUCCUGUUCGGCGAAAUGCCUCGCCGCGGGUCCGAGAACCAGGCGAACAAGAGACCGGCCACCACGGCCGGCGGGGACGACGACGAGGACCGCCUCAGCGCCCUCCCGGACCCUCUCCUCCAGCACGUGCUGUCGUUCCUGCCCUCGCGCCUGGCCGUGAGGACGUGCGCGCUCGCCCGGCGCUGGCGCCACCAGUGGAAGUCCGUGCCCGCCGUGCGCGUCAAAUGCUCCGACUUUGCGAAUAACAAUCUGCUUCGCUGCUUUGUUAACCACUUUCUGCCCCUCCGUGACCGUGCUCCUCUACGUGAGUGUGAUAUCGGAGCCUACAAUGGCCGAGACAUCCCUCCAUUGAUCCUGUAUGCUUUAUUAUUCCGAGUCCAGGUGCUUCGAGUUGAUCUCACUAUAGCGGGCAACUACGCGCAACUAAGGAACGGGAAUCUCGUCUCAGAGCAAUUAGUUAGGCUAGAACUUAAAUGUGUGCAGUUGGAGGAGUCCCACUUUCUUGAUUUCUCGAGCUGUCCGAAAUUGGAGGUGGUAAAGAUGGACUGUUGCGCAUACGAUUCGGAUAUCUUGUCCCAAUCGUUAAGACAUCUGAGCAUUACUGGAUGCACUUUGAUUCCGGACAACACCUGCGCUCGUAUCUUUACCCCAAGACUUAUUUCAUUGGAACUUGCUGACAAUUAUGGCUUGACUCCUGUGCUUGAGUGCAUGCCACCAUUGGCAACAGCAUUUGUCAGGCUUGGCAACGGGUGUAGCGAAUAUUGCUUGAACAGUUAUUAUGGGGAUUGCGGGUCUGAUGACUGUAACGAAGCUAUGGUUCACAGCGAUGGCUCUGUGCUUCUUGAUGGUUUGUCGAAUGCCACAAAUUUAGAGUUGAUAGCUGAUCCUAUAGUGUGUCUCCAUAGGUGGUUCAAGGGAAUGCCACUACUGUACAUUGUACAUUUUCCGAAGGAUUUGAAGAAAAGUCCUUCUUUUGGCAAGCUAAAAACAUUGUUGCUCAGUGAAUGGUGUUUUGCUGAUAAAUUUGGUGCACUAAUGUACUUUCUCCAACACUCACCAGUUUUGGAGAAGCUUAGUCUUGAACUGACGACAUCAGAAUCUUUGUUUGAAACACAUGGAAGCUGCUACCAAAGGGAACCAUUCUUAGCAUCUAAACACCUCAAGGUUGUUGAAGUAAAAUAUCAUGAGGAUGAGGUGUUUGCGCUUGCGGAGGUUCUAAAGAUUCUGAUUACUUGCGGUGUACCUUCAAAGAAAAUUAUCAUUGAAAGUAUGACCUCACGGAUUUCUCAUAGAUUCAAUUUCGAGCAGACGGUAAAGCAGUUCAGCCAUUGAUGGUCCACUGUUUCUUGGCUGUUCAGUCUUGCAUAGCAGAAUCUAGCACCAUGACCUAGUUGAUUUUGUCCAGCAGGGUGGUGUGUCGCCUCCAUUCGUGCUAACUUGAGUGGAAUUGUUCAACUACCAAUGUGUUAUGUAUGACUUAUUUUCUCAACGGUUGAUAUUAUGUAGAAAUGCGUCAAUUUUACACCUCUGAACCGUCAAGGAAAGUUAAUUUUACCCCCCAA